UCUCAAGUGAAUUCUUGGAAUAAAAAUUAUAUUUUUUAUUAAUUUGGAUUGAAAGACCUUUUAGUGUACUGCAAAAUCUACACCUUUUUGUUUAAGGGGGAUAGUGGGGACUGCAGGAUCUUCCGCUACGUCUCCUCUGUUUCUUACGGAUCUAGCAAGUAAAAGUAUGCGCCUGGCGAUUCACAGCUGAACAAAAAGGCCACUCUCAUAAUUCCCAUUAUAUUCUUCUUCCCACUUUUUUCUGAUCCAAAUUUCCAUAUCGACCGUGCUCUCUUUUGUCUUCGUUAAUAAAUCUGAUGGGGUUUCGUUCAAACCUUAGAUUUAUCAUCCUUGUAGCUGCUGCUGCUGUUUUUCUUCUACUAUUGUCCUUAUCUCGCAUCGCCGCUUCACAGGAAAAUGAUGAAUCAAGAUCCUUUCAAGACCUGGGCCGCCGUGGCAUGAUGCAGGUCGUUAGAAAUGGAGGUGAUGCCAAAUCUGCUGGUAAUGGUCUUAAAUUGGAAUCGGGUCUUGGAAUUUUUGAUGCUUUCUUUGCCAGCUUGUCAAUGAUUUUGGUCAGCGAGAUUGGUGAUGAGACUUUUAUAAUAGCAGCUCUAAUGGCAAUGCGACACCCUAAAUCUACUGUGUUAUCGGGUGCUCUCACCGCCUUGAUUGUCAUGACAGUACUUUCUACUGGACUAGGUAGAAUCGUGCCAAAUUUAAUUUCAAGGAAGCAUACAAAUAGUGCAGCCACCGUUCUUUAUGCAUUUUUUGGCCUGCGGCUACUUUACAUUGCCUGGAGAUCGGAUUCAAAAUCAUCACAGAAAAAAGAAAUGGAAGAAGUAGAAGAAAAGCUUGAGGCUGGCCAAGGGAAAACAACCUUCCGCCGUUACUUUUCAAGAUUUUGCACACCAAUAUUUUUGGAAUCAUUUAUUUUAACUUUUUUAGCUGAGUGGGGAGACCGUAGCCAGAUUGCUACAAUUGCUCUAGCAACACACAAAAAUGCCAUCGGCGUAGCUGUGGGGGCUACUUUGGGACACACCAUCUGCACCUCCCUGGCAGUGGUUGGUGGAAGCAUUCUGGCGUCUAAGAUCUCUCAAGGGACAGUUGCUACCAUUGGAGGCGUGCUUUUCCUUUGCUUUUCCUUGUCGUCUUAUUUCUAUCCUCCUCUAUAACAGCUGUUUAUAACCUACCGUAAUUAACUUAAAAUUAAAUUAAGUAUAAGUGAAGUUUAAUUAAUAAAGAAGUUGAAUUUAUAUGUUUUGAAAA